UUUUUCUACUAUUUCCCUUGCGGAACUCAGCGAGAGAGAGAGAGAGAGAGAGAGAGGAGAGGAGAGCAGAGCAUCAGAGCUCAAGAAAUGGAGAACGGAGGUGAAGGAGGAGGAAAAGACUACGGUGAAAUCCCUGAAAACGCUAAUGAACAUUGCCCAGGUCCUGAAUCGAAGUCUGCUGGGAAAUCUGAUUCCUGUCAAGGUUGCCCUAAUCAGGAAGUUUGUGCUACUGCUCCUAAGGGUCCUGACCCAGAUUUGGUUGCAAUUGCAGAACGAAUGGCUACUGUGAAACAUAAAAUAUUUGUUUUGUCCGGGAAGGGAGGAGUUGGCAAGAGCACAUUCUCUGCUCAACUCGCAUUUGCCUUAGCUGCUAAGGAUUUUCAGGUUGGUCUCCUCGAUAUUGAUAUUUGUGGCCCAAGCAUCCCAAAGAUGCUUGGUCUAGAAGGCCAAGAAAUCCACCAGAGCAACCUCGGAUGGUCUCCCGUCUAUGUUGAGUCCAACCUUGGUGUCAUGUCGAUUGGCUUCAUGCUGCCGAACCCAGACGAAGCUGUUAUAUGGAGAGGCCCACGCAAGAAUGGGAUCAUCAAGCAAUUCCUAAAGGACGUUUAUUGGGGAGAGCUUGAUUUUCUAGUAGUUGAUGCCCCGCCUGGGACAUCAGACGAGCACAUCUCAAUUGUCCAAUUUCUCCAAGCAACUGGGAUAGAUGGUGCGAUCAUAGUCACCACCCCACAACAGGUUUCUUUAAUUGAUGUAAGGAAAGAAGUGAGUUUCUGUAAGAAAGUUGGGCUACAAGUUCUUGGCAUCGUCGAGAACAUGAGUGGCUUGUCCCAACAAGUGUCUGAUUUCAAAUUCAUGAGGGUGACAGAGACAGGUGAACAACGAGAUGUCACAGAAUGGGUUAUGGAGUAUAUGCGAGAGAAGGCGCCAGAAAUGCUGGAUUUGGUUGCGUUUAGUGAAGUGUUUGAUAGUAGUGGUGGUGGUGCAGCAAAAAUGUGCAGUGAUAUGGGUGUUCCGUUCCUUGGGAAGGUGCCUUUGGAUCCUCGGCUUUGCAAAGCAGCUGAAGAAGGUCGAUCGUGCUUUGAUGAUAAUAAGUGUGGGUCAAGCGCCCCUGCGCUUAAGAGGAUUAUAGAUAAACUGGUGGCUCGUGAAAUGGAAAAUGGCACCUAGGCGUUUCUGGUGAUUGUUUUUUCUGUGUAAUUUUUGAGUUUUGGAAGAACAUCUGUUUGUCAGGUGUGAAUUAGCUUUUGUUAAUACGGAUGAAAAAAAAGUCGUUGUUUGGAGCUCAAGUAUAUUUAACUUUUUGGUUGUUCAACUAUUUGUUAUACAGAUUAAAGUAAAACAAUAUAGUUGUUUGGAA